AUGCGUCUCGCUUCAAGCAUAUGGCUCUACGCCGUCACCGCCUCAGCUUCUCUAUCCCACAUCGCCUCCCUACGCUGCAGUGACAGCGACAUCCUCCCCACGCCCUCGUACGACCUCAAAGGCGCACUCUUCACAGUGUGCACCGAAGAAGUAAUCGACGCACCCCUCGACAAGAUCUACGACACGCUUCUCGACUUCCGCCGCUACAGUACCUGGAACACCUUCGUCGUCGAAGUAGGCCUGCCAUCCAACGUACAGGGACCGGAGGACGUAUACCCCGGGCUAUCGAUGAACUUCACCACAGCCGGCAUUAUCCCUGGUAUCAAUACCUCCUCGACCGAGGUCAUCGCCUUGCUUGCGCCGGAAGUGCGCGGCUGCAACGGCGAUGCCAGACGAGCCGUCAGUGCGUGGGGAAACGACGACGGACUUGGUGGCGCGUUUUUGCCGGCGGAGCAUCCGAAUCUGCUGACGGACUUGGGGAAUGGGUCGGUGAGGAUGGUGUCGUAUGAGACGUAUUACCUUCCCGGGGCGACGACGCUGUUACUAUUGAAGGAGACUUUGCAAGAGAGGUUUGAGACGCAGGGGAAAGAUCUGAAGAGGUUCGUGGAGGAGAGCCUUGGUUAA